CGCCUCUCCGCCCGCCACAGCGCCGCGACCGAGCCUCCCCGCCUCGCAGGUACAGCCGCCUGCGCGCACGCCCCGCGUACUACACAGAUGGCAGCGACAAGUGCCGGCUCGCCGAGGGCUAGCGGGUAUCCCCUGGUGUGGGUGCGCCUGACGAUAACGCGUGAAUAACUUUUUCUUGCAGAGACCCCCUGCGCCCCGGCCUGCAGCGUCUCCCCGCCACGCCCCUCCAGCACCCUACUCUCUGAGGUGUGAGCGCGUCGGGCCGAUGCGGUGAUUUCUGGCGGGCCUGGGAGGAGCGCGUGGACUCGCAGGCGACGAGCGCCCUUACAAUGGCUCUGACCCUGUUUGAUACAGAUGAAUAUAGACCUCCUGUUUGGAAAUCUUACUUAUACCAGCUGCAACAGGAAGCUCCUCAUCCUCGAAGGUUAACCUGCACGAAUGAGGUAGAAAACAGACCAAAGUAUUAUGGAAGAGAGUUUCAUGGCAUGAUCUCCAGAGAAGCAGCAGAUCAGCUCUUGAGUGUGGCUGAGGGCAGCUACCUUAUCCGGGAGAGCCAGCGUCAGCUAGGAACCUACACUUUGGCUUUAAGAUUUGGAAGUCAGACCAGAAACUUCAGGCUCUACUACGAUGGAAAGCACUUUGUUGGGGAGAAACGCUUUGAGUCCAUCCACGAUCUGGUGACUGAUGGAUUGAUUACUCUCUAUAUUGAAACCAAGGCAGCAGAAUACAUUGCCAAGAUGACGAUAAACCCAAUUUAUGAGCACAUAGGAUACACAACUUUAAACAGAGAGCCAGCAUACAAACAACACAUGCCAGUCCUGAAAGAGACACACGAUGAGAAAGAUUCUACAGGCCAGGAUGGGGUAUCAGAGAAAAGGUUGACAUCACUUGUUAGAAGAGCCACUCUGAAAGAAAACGAGCAAAUUCCAAAAUAUGAAAAGGUUCACAAUUUCAAGGUCCAUACAUUCCGAGGGCCACACUGGUGUGAAUACUGUGCCAACUUCAUGUGGGGUCUCAUUGCUCAGGGAGUGAAAUGUGCAGAUUGUGGUCUGAAUGUUCAUAAGCAAUGUUCCAAGAUGGUCCCAAAUGACUGCAAGCCUGACUUGAAACACGUCAAGAAGGUGUACAGCUGUGACCUGACAACGCUGGUGAAAGCGCGCAUCACGAAGCGGCCCAUGGUGGUGGACAUGUGCAUCAGGGAAAUCGAGUCCAGAGGUCUUAAUUCUGAAGGACUCUACCGAGUAUCAGGAUUUAGUGACCUCAUUGAAGAUGUCAAGAUGGCUUUUGACAGAGAUGGUGAGAAAGCAGAUAUUUCCGUGACCAUGUAUGAAGAUAUCAACAUCAUCACCGGUGCACUUAAGCUGUACUUUAGGGAUCUGCCCAUCCCACUCAUCACGUAUGAUGCCUACCCGAAGUUUAUAGAAUCUGCUAAAAUUAUGGAUCCCGAUGAGCAAUUGGAAACCCUUCAUGAAGCCCUGACCCUGCUGCCGCCUGCUCACUGCGAAACCCUCCGGUACCUCAUGGCACACCUAAAGAGAGUGACGCUUCAUGAAAAGGAGAAUCUUAUGAAUGCUGAGAACCUUGGGAUUGUUUUUGGCCCGACCCUGAUGCGAUCUCCAGAGCUGGAUGCAAUGGCUGCCUUGAAUGACAUUCGAUACCAGAGACUGGUAGUGGAGCUGCUUAUCAAAAAUGAAGACAUUUUAUUUUAAAUCUUUGAGAGGGGAAAAAGAAAUGUUUUACAGAUAUGAAGGAAUGUUUUAUAGUAAUUUAAUUGGCUGAAUUAUUUCUUGGUUAGAGGUUUGGGCAUAUAACAGAUUAAAAUGAAGGAACUUUUUGUUGUUUUUGUAGUGCCGCUCAGCUGUCCUUGUAAAACAGUGAAUACACGCUUUCCAGUUCUAGUGAGCCUGGGUGUUUAUCAUGUUAAGAGAAACUCAAGCUAUUGCAUGAUUAGCCCCCUAUUUGGCAAGCGAACCCCAUACAAAGAAAGCAACAAACCUGCAUAGCCUCUUGGUCCAGGGCAGCUUGUGGUUGUAACCCAGCAUGCUUCAGAGUAAACCUGUCGUGACUUUGCUUUUGGGUUCAAUGUCAUUGGUCUCUGAUACACUUAUUGAAACAUACACUCGCAAAUGGAUAAAGCAGCGCUUCUGGCCCUUUGCACUGCCAUAGACUAUAUUAUAUGUCUGCUUUCCUCAGUGGUUUAUUUUCUGGUUUCUCUUAGUUCUUCUAUAACAUAGUACUUUCUCUCCAGCAGAAACAAAAUGUGUCUUCAGAUUUGUUACUUUAAUAAGUUAUCCAUACCAAUAAAAAA